GAGCUCGGCCAGCGACCCGGCCGGAUCGCGGAGGCCGCCUUGGCUGGGAGAAGAAGUCGGAGUUGGGGUGCUAAGGGAGGCAGGCGCCCGAAUCCGAGAGGGCGGCUUUGCCUCUUUCUGUUUGCUCGCCCCUCUCCUUCCGGGCGCGCGGCCGGCAUCGGACUCGGACAGCAGAGGAGGAGGGAUUGGGGUCGCCAGCGCGGGCCCUCCCGGGCACAGUACGCCUGGGACCCAGAGCCGCGUAGACAGUCUCCUGGGACCAAGCCGCGGGGCGCCGAACCCCACGAGGAUUAUAAAGCAGGACGGAGGGGAAGGAGACCCCGGAGGACCCCCUCCAGGCUGGUCACCAUGUGGCGGCUGCUGAUCUGGACUCUGGUGGCUCUGUAUCGGAUCCGCGAGGCUGGAGCCCAAGAUGACGUGCCGCCGUACUUCAAGACGGAGCCCGUGCGGACGCAGGUGCACCUGGAGGGGAACCGCCUGGUGCUCACGUGCAUGGCCGAGGGCAGCUGGCCCCUGGAGUUCAAGUGGCUCCACAACAGCAGGGAGCUGACCAGGUUCUCCCUGGAGUACAGGUACAUGAUCACCAGCCUGGACCGCACCCACGCUGGCUUCUACCGCUGCAUCGUGCGGAACCGGAUGGGGGCCCUGCUGCAGCGGCAAACGGAGGUCCAGGUGGCCUACAUGGGCAGCUUUGAGGAGGGUGAGAAGCGCCAGAGCGUCUCCCAUGGAGAAGCCGCCGUCAUCCGCGCCCCACGCAUCGCCAGCUUCCCCCGGCCGCAGGUGACCUGGUUCCGCGAUGGCCGCAAGAUCCCGCCCAGCAGCCGCAUAGCCAUCACGCUGGAGAACACCCUUGUCAUCCUGUCAACGGUGGCUCCCGACGCGGGCCGCUACUACGUGCAGGCUGUUAAUGACAAGAACGGCGAUAACAAGACCAGCCAGCCCAUCACUCUCGCCGUGGAGAAUGUCGGAGGGCCCGCCGACCCCAUCGCGCCAACCAUCAUCGUCCCUCCCAAGAACACCAGUGUGGUGGCCGGGACCUCGGAGGUGACCAUGGAGUGUGUGGCCAAUGCCAGGCCCCUGAUCAAGCUGCACAUCGUUUGGAAGAAGGACGGGGUGCUGGUCUCCGGUGGCAUCAGCGACUACAACCGGCGGCUCACCAUCCCCAACCCCACGGUCAGCGACGCCGGCUACUACCAGUGCGAGGCCGUGCUGCGCAGCAGCAGCGUGCCCCCUGCGGCCCGGGGGGCCUACCUCACCGUGCUGGAACCACCUCAGUUUGUCAAGGAGCCAGAGAGACACAUCACAGCGGAGAUGGAGAAGGUGGUGGACAUCCCCUGUCGCGCCAAAGGUGUGCCUCCGCCGUCCAUCACCUGGUACAAGGACGCUGGGGUGGUAGAGGUGGAGAAGCUGCCCCGCUUCCGGCAACAUGGUGACGGGGGCCUGCAGAUCAGCGGCCUGGUGCCUGACGACACCGGCAUGUUCCAGUGCUUCGCCCGCAACGCGGCUGGCGAGGUGCAGACCUCCACCUACCUGGCCGUCACCAGUAUCGCCCCCAACAUCACCAGGGGCCCCCUGGACAGCACCGUGAUCGACGGCAUGUCGGUGGUGCUGACGUGUGAGACCUCGGGGGCCCCCCGGCCGGCUAUCACUUGGCAGAAAGGGGAGCGCAUCUUGGCCAGCGGCUCUGUCCAGCUGCCCCGCUUCACGCUGCUGGAGUCGGGCAGCCUGCUCAUCAGCCCCACGCACAUCUCCGACGCGGGGACCUACACCUGUUUGGCGACCAACUCUCGGGGUGUCGAUGAGGCCUCGGCAGACCUGGUGGUGUGGGCCCGGACCCGCAUCACCAAGCCUCCCCAGGACCAGAGCGUCAUCAAGGGAACCCAGGCCUCCAUGAUGUGCGGAGCCACGCACGACCCCCGAGUGACCAUCAGGUAUGUGUGGGAGAAAGACGGGGCCACCCUGGCCACGGAGAGCAACCCCCGCAUCCGCCUGGACAAGAACGGCUCCCUGCACAUCUCGCAGACCUGGUCAGGGGACAUUGGCACGUACACCUGCCGGGUGCUGUCAGCCGGUGGCAAUGAUUCCCGCAGUGCCCACCUCCGUGUCAGGCAACUGCCCCACGCCCCUGAGCACCCCAUGGCCACGCUCAGCACCGUGGAGAGGAGGGCCAUCAACCUGACGUGGGCCAAGCCCUUCGACGGCAACAGCCCGCUCCUCCGCUACGUCCUGGAGAUGUCUGAGAACAAUGCCCCCUGGACCACACUCCUGGCCAGCGUGGAUCCGGAAGCCACCUCCGUGAUGGUCAAGGGCCUGGUCCCCGCACGCUCCUACCAGUUCCGUCUUUGUGCCGUGAACGACGUGGGCAAAGGACAGUUCAGCAAGGACACAGAGAGGGUUUCCCUCCCUGAGGAGCCCCCCACGGCUCCUCCACAGAAUGUCAUCGCCAGUGGCCGGACAAACCAGUCCAUCAUGAUCCAGUGGCAGCCACCUCCUGAAAGCCACCAGAAUGGCCUCCUCAAGGGCUACAUCAUCAGGUACUGCCUGGCCGGGCUGCCCGUCGGGUACCAGUUCAAGAACAUCACGGAUGCCGACGUCAACAACCUGCUGCUGGAGGACCUCAUCAUCUGGACCAAUUACGAGAUCGAGGUGGCGGCCUACAACAGCGCCGGCCUAGGGGUCUACAGUAGCAAAGUCACCGAGUGGACGCUGCAGGGAGUCCCCACAGUCCCCCCUGGCAACGUGCACGCCGAGGCCACCAAUUCCACGACCAUCCGCUUCACUUGGAACGCCCCCAGCCCCCAGUUCAUCAAUGGCAUCAACCAGGGCUACAAGCUGAUCGCCUGGGAGCCCGAGCAGGAAGAGGAGGUCACCAUGGUGACGGCGCGGCCCAACUUUCAAGACAGCAUCCACGUGGGCUUCGUGUCGGGGCUGAAGAAGUUCACGGAGUACUUCACCUCCGUGCUGUGCUUCACCACCCCGGGGGACGGGCCCCGCAGCAGCCCCCAGCUCGUGCGCACCCAUGAGGACGUGCCGGGGCCCGUGGGACACCUGAGUUUCAGUGACAUCCUGGACACCUCGCUGAAGGUCAGCUGGCAAGAGCCAGGGGAGAAGAACGGCAUCCUCACAGGGUACCGCAUCUCCUGGGAGGAGUACAACCGGACCAACACCCGCGUGACCCACUACCUGCCCAACGUGACCCUGGAGUACCGCGUCACGGGCCUCACCGCGCUCACCACCUACACCAUCGAGGUGGCUGCCAUGACCUCCAAGGGCCAGGGCCAGGUGUCCGCCUCCACCAUCUCCUCCGGGGUGCCUCCAGAACUCCCAGGAGCCCCCACCAACCUGGGCAUUUCCAACAUCGGGCCCCGCUCCGUGACCCUGCAGUUCCGGCCGGGCUACGACGGGAAGACCUCCAUCUCCCGCUGGCUGGUGGAAGCUCAGGUGGGUGUGGUCGGGGAGGGUGAGGAGUGGCUGCUGGUCCACCAGCUCAGCAACGAGCCCGACGCCCGCUCCAUGGAGGUGCCCGACCUCAACCCCUUCACCUACUACAGCUUCCGCAUGCGCCAGGUGAACAUCGUGGGCACCAGCCCGCCCAGCCAGCCUUCCAGAAAGAUCCAGACCCUCCAGGCGCCCCCAGACAUGGCCCCGGCCAACGUGACCCUGCGCACAGCCAGCGAGACCAGCCUGUGGCUCCGCUGGAUGCCUCUUCCAGAGAUGGAAUACAACGGGAACCCCGAGUCCGUGGGCUACAAGAUCAAGUACAGCCGGUCGGACGGCCACGGCAAGACGCUGAGCCACGUGGUGCCGGACCGCGUGGAGCGGGAGUACACCAUCGAGGACCUGGAGGAGUGGACGGAGUACCGCGUCCAGGUCCAGGCCUUCAACGCCAUCGGGAGCGGGCCCUGGAGCCAGACGGUGGUGGGCAGGACCCGGGAGUCAGUCCCGUCCUCUGGCCCCACCAACGUGUCCGCGCUGGCCACCACCUCCAGCAGCAUGCUGGUUCGCUGGAACGAGGUCCCCGAGGCAGACCGCAACGGGCUGGUGCUGGGCUACAAGGUGAUGUACAAGGAGAAGGACUCGGACUCCCAGCCCCGGUCCUGGCUGGUGGAGGGCAACGCGUCCCGCAGUGCCCAGCUCACGGGCCUGGGCAAGUACGUGCUGUACGAGGUGCAAGUGCUGGCCUUCACGCGCAUCGGGGACGGCAGCCCCAGCCACCCCCCGAUCCUGGAGCGGACGCUGGACGAUGUCCCAGGACCACCCAUGGGCAUCCUGUUCCCGGAGGUGAGGACCACGUCAGUGCGGCUGAUCUGGCAGCCCCCCGCCGCCCCCAACGGCAUCAUCCUGGCCUACCAGAUCACGCACAGGCUCAACGCCACCACCGCCAACACCGCCACCGUGGACGUGCUGGCCCCCAGCGCUCGCCAGUACACAGCCACCGGCCUCAAGCCAGAGUCCGUCUACCUGUUUCGCAUCACCGCCCAGACCCGCAAAGGCUGGGGAGAGGCCGCCGAGGCCUUGGUGGUGACCACCGAGAAGAGAGACCGCCCGCAGCCCCCCAGCAAGCCCACCGUGCAGCAGGAGGACGUGAAGGCACGCAGCGUGCUGCUGUCCUGGGAGCCGGGCAGCGACGGGCUGUCCCCUGUGCGCUACUACACCAUCCAGACCCGCGAGCUGCCCGGCGGCAGGUGGGCGCUGCACUCGGCCUCCGUGAGCCACAACGCCUCCAGCUUCACCGUGGACAGGCUCAAGCCCUUCACAUCCUACAAGUUCCGAGUGAAGGCCACCAAUGACAUUGGGGACAGCGAAUUCAGCGAGGAGUCGGAAUCACUGACCACCCUGCAGGCCGCCCCUGAUGAAGCGCCCACCAUCCUCUCGGUGACACCCCACACCACCACCUCCGUGCUGAUCCGGUGGCAGCCCCCAGCUGAGGACAAGGUCAAUGGCAUCCUCCUGGGCUUCCGCAUCCGGUACCGGGAGCUGCUCUACGAGGGGCUGAGAGGCUUCACUCUCAGAGGCAUCAACAACCCUGGGGCCAAGUGGGCGGAGCUCACCUCCUUGUACUCCGUGCGGAACCUGAGCCGGCCCAGCCUCACGCAGUGCGAGCUGGACAACCUGAACAAGCACAGGCGCUACGAGAUUCGGAUGAGCGUGUACAACGCCGUGGGCGAGGGGCCCCUGAGCCCCCCGCAAGAGGUGUUCGUGGGGGAGGCAGUACCCACAGCAGCGCCCCGAAACGUGGCCGUCCACAGCACCACAGCCACGCAACUGGACGUGACCUGGGAGCCACCCCCGCUGGACAGCCAGAACGGAGACAUCCAGGGCUACAAGAUAUAUUUCUGGGAAGCCCAGCGGCAGAACCUAACGGAGCGCGUGAAGACGCUUUUCCUGGCUGAGAAUGGCGUGAAGCUCAAGAACCUGACCGGCUACACUGCCUACAUGGUCAGCGUGGCGGCCUUCAACGCCGCAGGAGACGGGCCUCGGAGCACCCCCGCCUGGGGCCAAACCCAGCAAGCAGCCCCCAGCGCGCCCAGCUCAGUCAAGUUCAGCGAGCUGACCACGACCUCAGUGAACGUGUCCUGGGAAGCCCCGCAGCUCCCCAACGGUGUCCUGGAGGGCUACAGGGUGGUCUACGAGCCCUGCACCCCCGUGGACGGGGUCAGCAAGAUCGUGACAGUGGACGUGAAGGGGAGCAGCCCUCUGUGGCUGAAGGUGAAGGACCUGGCCGAGGGCAUGACCUACAGGUUCCGCAUCAGAGCCAAGACCUUCACCUACGGGCCGGAGAUUGAAGCCAACGUCACCACAGGCCCAGGAGAAGGUGCCCCAGGACCUCCAGGAGUGCCCAUCCUCGUGCGGUACAGCUCUGCCAUCGCCAUCCACUGGUCCAGCGGAGACCCUGGCAAAGGGCCCAUCACCCGCUAUGUCAUAGAGGCCAGGCCUUCAGAUGAGGGGCUCUGGGACAUCCUCAUCAAAGACAUCCCCAAGGAGGUGAGCUCCUACACCUUCAGCAUGGACAUCCUGAGGCCGGGCGUGAGCUAUGACUUCCGGGUCAUCGCAGUCAACGACUACGGCUUCGGCACCCCUAGCAGCCCUUCCCAGUCUGUGCCAGCCCAGAAGGCCAACCCCUUCUACGAGGAGUGGUGGUUCCUGGUGGUCAUCGCCCUCGUGGGCCUCAUCUUCAUCCUGCUCCUGGUCUUUGUGCUCAUCAUCCGAGGCCAGAGCAAGAAAUAUGCCAAGAAGACAGACUCGGGGAGCAGUGCCAAGUCCGGAGCCCUGGGCCACGGGGAGAUGAUGAGCUUGGACGAAAGCAGUUUCCCCGCCCUGGAACUCAACAACCGCCGGCUGUCCGUCAAAAACUCCUUCUGCCGAAAGAACGGCCUGUACACCAGGUCCCCUCCCCGGCCCAGCCCCGGCAGCCUCCACUACUCGGAUGAGGAUGUCACCAAGUACAAUGACCUCAUCCCAGCAGAGAGCAGCAGUCUGACAGAGAAGCCCUCGGAAAUCUCCGACUCUCAGGGAAGUGACAGCGAGUACGAGGUCGACCCCAACCCCCAGAAGGCCCACUCCUUCGUCAACCACUACAUCAGCGACCCCACGUACUACAACUCCUGGAGGCGCCAGCAGAAGGGCAUCUCGCGGGCCCAGGCGUACAGCUACACUGAGAGUGACUCCGGUGAGCCGGACCACGCCACCGUCACCAAUAGCAACAGCGCCCAGCAGGGCAGCCUCUUCCGGCCCAAGGCCAGCCGGACUCCAACGCCCCAAAACCCACCGAACCCCCCAAGUCAACAGAGCACCCUCUACCGUCCCCCCAGCAGCCUCGCCCCUGGCUCCCGGGCACCUAUAGCGGGAUUCUCAUCAUUUGUUUGA